AUGGAUCUCCUUCAGAAAUACGGACAUCUCAAGAGUGAAAAUGACUACGCCACGACCAGGCGACAAAGCAGAGAUGCCACCCACCAGACUGAACAGUUCCACUUCAACUCUCUGUUGGGAAGCUUUGGUACGGCCCAGAAUGACCACCCCGAGAGAAGAUCCAGUGGUGCGGGGAACAACAUGAGCGAUGCUAUUAAAAAGGCUCAAGAAUUAGUCAAGUAUGUUUCUUCCACAUUAGAAUGA